CAAAACUCUUUCCUCCUCUCACUUUCUCUCUCCUCUUUCUCUUACAUCACAAACCAUUCUUCCUUAAUCAACAUCAUCAACAACAACGUUGGAGUUACAAAAAGACUACUGUUUUAGGCGUGUUUAUAGCGCGUGUACGAAGACAAUAUUCGUUCGAAUUAAGUGUUCAUAGCGUGGCCAAGCAGCUUCAAGUUCUGAUAAGAUGAUCAAAAACAAGCUGAUCAAGGUGUCGAAUGCGCUAGGAUUCUUGAGAUACUCAUCCAACCCGCAAACUCCUGCAUUGAAUAUAAGGAAUGAAAGGAGUAGCAUGGUGAGACCUGAACCAUGUGAUCAGAACCCGACAACACCAAAUGCUGUCGAUACUAACUAUGAAGAGUGGUUGAGUGAUCAUCCUUCGGCUUUGAACUCAUUCCAAAAAAUGAUGAGCAUCGCAAAGGGCAAGAAUGUCGUCAUGUUUCUAGAUUAUGACGGCACACUCUCCCCUAUUGUUGAUGAUCCCGAGUUAGCCUUCAUGUCCGAUAAGAUGAGAUCAGCAGUGUCUGAAGUAGCCAAGCAUUUUCCGACAGCAAUAAUUAGUGGCAGGAGUCGAGAUAAGGUGUAUGAUUUCGUAAAGUUGAACGAUAUCUAUUAUGCCGGAAGUCAUGGUAUGGAUAUCAUGACUCCACCCGGGAAGCACAAGUCUAGUGACGGCAAGUAUCAGACUACUCUAGCUGUUGAUAAAAAGGGUAAUGAGGCUAACAUCUUUCAACCUGCUCAAGAAUUCUUGCCUGAAAUUCUUGAGAUAUUUAAUGAGUUAGAAGAAGAAACUAAGGCAAUACAAGGAGUCACCGUAGAGGACAAUAGAUUCUGCAUCUCAGUUCACCUUCGUAGGGCAAAAGUAGAGGAUCAUUCUCUGGUUAAAGAGAAAGUUAAGUCAAUAGUGGCAAAACAUAGUGGCUUUCACCUAACUACAGGUAGAAAGGUUUUGGAGGUAAGACCACCUAUAAAAUGGAACAAAGGUAAUGCCCUUGAAUAUUUGUUGGACACUCUUGGAUUUUCUGAAUCAAGUGAUGUCGUUCCUAUCUACAUUGGAGAUGAUGCAACUGAUGAAGAUGCCUUCAAGGUUAUACAAAAAAGAGGGCAAGGAUUUCCGAUAAUAGUAUCAUUAAAACCGAAACAAACAGCAGCUUCGUACUCUCUGCGCGAUCCAUCAGAAGUACUAACGUUCCUGUUAAGAUUAUCAAAAUGGCCAAGAAAUUCUUCUUAGUGAAGCUGAGUACGCCAGCCACAACCAGUCAGUUUUUUUUGGUGACUGCUAAGUGAGCUUUGGUAUUUAUAUACAACUCAAUACAUAGUUUGUACAUAGCUGUUUCAGUACUGUACUAAUACUAUAUACUAUAUACUAUAUACUAUAUACAGUAUACUAUCUAUUAUAUACUAGUAGUAAAAUGAUAUGAGGAGGGCAAAGUUAGACAUCUGAGAUUUUGGUUACAAAGUAGUGAAUCUUUGGUACCAAACUAUAUUUCCUAGGUAUAUUUACCAAAGUUUUCUUGGACAAUGGCCAUAUGUUGUAU